AUGGCUGGCGAGGCCCGAGCCGCGGGGGACGCCCUGCGCCGCCUCCUGAGGCUGCACCGCACCGAGAUCGCCGUGGCCGUGGACAGCGCCUUCCCGCUGCUGCACGCGCUGGCCGACCACGACGUGGUCCCCGAGGACAAGUUCCAGGAGACUCUUCACCUGAAGGAGAAGGAGGGCUGCGCCCAGGCCUUCCACACCCUUCUGUCCUGGCUCCUCACCCAGGACGCCGGGGUCAUCUUCGACUUCUGGAAGGUUCUCUUCAAGGACUACAACCUCGAGCGCUAGCGGCUGCAGCCCAUCCUGGACAGCUUCCCAGAGGUGACCCUGCGGGACGUGGACCUGAGCCAGCCCAGGAGGAGCAGGAAGCCCCCCGCCAGCCCCAAGGCCUCAGCACUGCCUCCCAGACCCCCCACCAAGAGGAAGGCUGAGGAACCUCGAGCCACCCCGCCAGCAGCCCUGGCCCCAAGGGGCACCGCCAGCCCAGGCUCCCAGGCAAAGGCCAAGCCCCCCAAGAAGCCAGAGGGCAGCCUGGAGCCGCCACACCUGGGGAACGGAAUUCCAGCCAUGUCCACUUCAGUCCAGAGAGCGGUGGCCAUGUCCUCCGGGGACAUCUCGGGAGCCCGCGGGGCCGUGGAGGGAAUCCUCAUCCAGCGGGUGUUUGAGUCAGGGGGUUCCAAGAAGUGCAUCCAGCUAGGAGGAGAGUUUUACACCCCCAGCAAGCUCGACGACCCCAGCGGCGGUGCAAAGAGCAAGGCGCGCGGGAGCAGCGGCCCCAAGCCCCCCGUCAGAGCCAAGGCAGCCCCGGGCGCUGCGCCUGGUGGAGGAGAGCAGAGACUAAGCCCGCAGGGCAGGAUGGCUGCGCUUCCAGCCCCGCCCAGUGAGCCGCAUCUGCACCAGAAGAACGAGGAUGAAUGCGCGGUGUGCCGGGACGGCGGGGAGCUCAUCUGCUGUGACGGCUGUCCCCGGGCCUUCCACCUGGCCUGCCUGUCCCCGCCGCUGCGUGGGGUCCCCAGCGGCCCCUGGAGGUGCUCCCGCUGCCUGCGAGGGAGAGCCCCGCAGAGCCUGCCCCCCGCCGAGGAGCCCCCGCCCCCGAGCCGCCCACCGACGCCCCGAGCGCUGACUCCCGGGUUCCAGGUCCUCCAGGCGCUGAGGCCAGCAGAGCCGGCGGCCAGGGGCCCGCCCGGGGAGCCCCCCGCUGGCUUGGGGUCUCCUCUCACCUACCCGCACCUGCUCGCCCCGCCUUCGGCGCCCCCCCUGCCGGCGCCGGAGCCCCUGGCCCUGCCCCCCCAGCCCCGCGCCGGCCCCGAGGCCCAGCAGGUCGCCCACACGGCCGCCCUGCCGCAGGGCCCGACGCCGGCGCGCUGCGGCGUGUGCGGGGAGGGCUCCGGAGCGCUGCGCUGCGCCCACUGCGCCGCCGCCUUCCACUGGCAGUGCCACUUCCCCGCUGGCUGCGGCCCCGUCCCGCCGGGCCCCGGCCUGCGCUGCAAGUCCUGCUCUGGAGACUCCGCGGGGGCCCAGGAGGGGAGGCCCGCCCACAGCGACAUGCCCCCGGGCCCCGGGCCCCCCAAGGUUGGCGACGACUCCACCAGUCAGGAGCCGGUCCUGCACCGGGAUGACCUGGGGUCUCUCCUGAGUGAGCACUCGUUCGACGGCAUCCUGCAGUGGGCCAUCCAGAGCAUGACCCGCCCGCUGGCCGACGCGCCGCCCUUCUGACCCGGGGCGGCCCGGGACGGGGCCCCUCGCACCCAGGGCCAGCCGCUCCUCCCCGGGACCCGCGCGCCCCGAACACCUCGGCACCCAGCCCGCUGCCGCCCCGCCCGUGGGGGCGCCGGGGCCCCCCACCCCUCACCCCGGUCCUCAAUUAA